AUGGCACCUCCCACCAAUCCCACCGGCUUCAACAUGAAGACGUUCACAGAUGCUGCCACAAGCCCACAAUGGCGUGCAAAGGAUCCCUGGGCAAAGAAUGAAGCGUGGCGUUACACGGGCCCUUUCACCCGCUGGAAUCGAUUCAAGGGAGCGUUCCCUGGAUUUGGCAUUGCCGUCGUCGCAUUUACCGGUUACGUUAUCUUCGAGCAGCUGUUUCUGAAAGACUCGCAUGGACAUGCCGAAGCGCAUGGUGAGAAGCAUUGA